GUUUCUGAGCGGAUGUUGAAGAAAGCAAAAAAAAAAACACCGAUAAGCCAAUAAAGGAAGCAAAGUGCGGCCAAGCCAGAGAUUCAAAGUCAUCCUUCAGCCUUUCUCCCUCAAAUGUCGUCUGAAAACUCAAAUCUGGAAAGUCUUGAGGAGCUGGAUGAUUCCACAGACUGUGGCAGUGAUUAUGAGACCUCCAUAAACAUAAAGAAGCGGAAAAAACGUGCUGUACCGGGGCCACGGCCACCCAAGAGAACCAGGCGUAAAGCUGCAUCAAGGGUGACCUCGAGCCCCUAUAAUAGCUCCCGCCCCACUCCUGUCGACCCCUCCUCUAAGCAGCAGAGGUCUCGGGGGACAUCCAGGCCAGUCUCCCCCAGACCUGCAUCAAGAGGGAAUGAGGGAAACCGUGACAUUACAGCAAAGGACCUCUAUGAUGCAGUCAGCUUUGGAAAGAGUGCCAUGGUGGCGGUGGUGGAUGAAUGGCUGGACAGCUACAAGCGAAGCCGAGAGAUGGGGCUGCUGGUGCUCAUCAACUUCAUUGUUCAGUCCUGUGGAUGCAAAGGUGUUGUUAGUAGAGAGAUGCUUGACAGCAUGCAGAAUGCUGAGAUCAUCAGCACACUAACAAAAGAGUUCAAUGAGGAUACAGUGGACUAUCCUCUGAGCUCUUCAGGCCUGCAGCAGAAGCUUUUCAAAGCUGGUCUGUGUGAGUUUGCUCGGGUUCUGGUGCGCUCCUGUCAGAACAGCAUCAUUUAUGACGAAUACCUCUUCAACUCUCUCCUGUCCCUGCUCACUGGCCUCUCAGACUCCCAGGUCCGAGCCUUCAGACACACCAGCACCUUGCUUGCCAUGAAGCUGAUGACUGGUGUGGUGGAAGUAGCUGUGACGGUGCAGACACAGAUGCAGACCACCCAGCGGCGUUACGACGUGGAAAACAGCAAGAGGGCGAAUGACAAAGCCACUGACCGACUGGAGGAGCUGCAGGCCACCAUCACUGAGCUGCUGGAAAAAAGAGAGGAGCUUUCCUCUAUGAUGAACGUCGGCUUCCGUGGAGUGUUUGUGCAUCGCUACCGGGACCGACUUUCUGAGAUCCGGAUGGCGUGUAUCGACGAGUUGGGUGUGUGGCUGAAGACAAAUCCGGAACAAUUCCUGAAUGAUGGUUGUCUCAAAUACCUGGGGUGGACCCUGAAUGAUAAGCAAAGUCCAGUGCGUCUGCAUUGUGUGCGUGCCCUGCAGGGUCUGUACCAAGAGAUGGGAUUCAUUGGCCGCCUGGAGCUUUUCACCAGCAGAUUUAAAGAGAGGAUGCUCAGCAUGGUGCUGGACAAAGACCCAGACGUGGCACUGGAAGUGGUCAAUUUGUUGCUGCUGAUCCAACAGAGGACAGAAGAAGCACUGACAGAGGAGGAGUGCGGCCACAUCUAUCCCCUGGUUUACGCCUCACAUCGAGGCUUGGCGUCUGCAGCCGGCGCUUUUCUCUACAACAAACUGAAAAGUGUGGUUUCCAGUAAAAAGCAGGGGAGUAAAACAAGUGAAAAUGAAGCCUUCUUUCAAAUUCUCAUCUCCUUCUACAUUCAGAGUGAGUUUCAUGAGCAUGGUGCGUACCUGGUGGACAGUCUAUGGGGUGUGGCAGGAUCUGAGCUGAGAGACUGGGACACUAUGACAGCAUUCUUGCUACAUGAGGCUGUGCUGAUGGAUGAGGAGGAGGGGGCUCUCAUUGAGGUUAUGAUGUGUGCUAUGAGACAGGCAGCACAGGCAACCCCACCUGUUGGGAGAACUCAGGCCAAGAAGAUCUUUAGUAUGAAGGAUAAGAAGAUCCAGGAGAAAGACAGGAGAAGAAUCACCACACACUUCAUCCCUUUACUGUCGUCACUGCUGGCUAAGUACUCUGCAGAUGCUGGGAAGAUGACCGCCCUUCUCAAAGCUCCGCUCUACUUCAACCUGGACAUGUAUAACAGCGCUCAGUGGCUGGAGAAGCAUCUGGACCAGCUGUUGUCCCAGGUAUGUGGUAUAGUGGAGAAGCACACAGAUGUUGCUGUUUUGGAGGCUUGCACCAACCUGGCCGCCGCGCUUUGCUCCGACGCUUACACGUUCUCCUCCCGAGCGCACUUGGCCUUCAGCCAGCUAUUGGACGACCUGACUGAGUGCUUCAACAUGCACUUAUGUGACCUGCUGCAGGGCACUGCAGAUGACAAUGAUGCAUACAGUGCAGCCACUGCCUUGAAAAGGAUUGCUGCUUUGAGCGGCGCCAAAGACCCAACAGGCUGGAAGCUCUUUGACUCUUGUGUUAAACUGCUGAACAGCAAGCUGGAGUCCAGAGAGCUUGACACAGAGCUCAUGGUGUCAGCUCUGAGGUGUGCAUCUUUCCACUUGAUGUGGGCCAAAGUUAAUGCGGUCAACUCCAAGCCAGCUGAGGCCGAACUGAGGAAUUUGAAGAGGGAUGUGCGUUUGUUCUGCGGAGUCUGUCAGUCCUGUUUGUCUCUGACCCAAACUGAAAUCAGAGAUCAGGCAUUCGAGCUACUGUGUGACCUGCUGCUGUUGUACAGUACAAGUUCAGUCCGCUCUGAACCUGCUCUCCAAACACUGGUGCACAUUCCCUCCGAUUCCCUGCGCUCUGAGAUGGCUGCUUUCUUACUGGACUUCGUCUUCACCGACUUGGACGAUGCCGAGAUCAACGUCGAGGGUGAGGAAGAGAUGAAAAUAAUCCUUCUCCAAAGGAAACGCAACCAGCUGGCUGGCUACUGUAAACUGGUCAUCUAUGGGGUGCUGGACCUCACUGCCGCCACUGACAUCUUCAAGCACUUCAGCAAGUACUUUAAAGACUUUGGUGACAUCAUAAAAGAGACCGUGAGUAAGAGCAAGCUCAUCAAUCCCGUACAGAGCGCCAAGACUGUCUGUCUCAGCCUGCAGCAGCUGUUCUCAGAGAUGCUUACGGAGGUAUACAUCACGCAGGAUCUCAUAGAGAUUAGAGAUGUGGGGAAGAGGCUCGCCAUGAGCUUUGGCAUCGAUCUUCAGCGUGUCCGCAAACCAAUGGUGGCCCUACACAGGGACGGUAUAGACUUUUCAUUCCGAGACCAACAGGAGGGAGAGCAGCAGCUCCAGAAUGUGGUCUUCUUGGAGAUCCUGAGCGAGUUCAGUUUGAAGCUGCUGCCUCAGGACCGUAGCAUGCUGGCUGCAUAUUUGAAAUCAGUGUGUCCCAGUGCUGCCCUCUCCUGGCCAUCAGUCGGUGUGUAUCAGCGGUCGUUAGAGACUCGCUCUACCAGACCAAGAGAGCAGGAGAAAGGCGAUGCUUUCUCCACGCAUGAGACUCCUGUGGCUAAACGCAAGAAGACGACCACUCGGGUGUCCAGCGGUGCCAAAGGAUCAUUUCUGGACAGCAGCAGCAUCUCCAGUAACAUUCCCACUCCGGCCCUGACCUCAACUAUGCUCAAACAGCCGGCCAGGCAGCUGACCAGCAGGCAGCUGCCCACCAGGGCGCGCAGAGCAACAACGUCUGAUGUCAGCAGUGGCAUAACUGAGCUGGAGUCUGAGGAUGAGUUCUCUGCAGGGUCCCACAUGCGAAGGGUGAAACCAGUCAAACGACGCAGUUUUACAUCCAACCAGACUGACCCCAUUUUGAAUCAGCCCGACCUGAUCCCCCACGUCAACCUGCUGUCUCUGAUCGAGGAUGACGAAGCGGAGAGCGGAGAUGAGGCUGAGAUCGAGGAGUACGAAAGUGACUCGGACCAUCAAUCUUCAUAUGCACUGCCUUCAACGCGUCACACCUCAAUCAGUGUCCUUGAUGAACUCUUUGAUUGAGGGCACAAAGACCUGGCUCAUCGCCAGCUGGUUUUGGAUAAUACAUCAGUUCAGUACCUCUCUUGAGUAUUAGAGCAACAUCUUGAGUUUUCACUGAUCAGAUGAGUUUUAGGUCAGGGAUUUCUGUUAGAAGAGUACAGUUAGUUUUGAAUUCUUUCAUUAUUAUUCCAAGUUGUUAAAAAGACAAUGUUAUUUUUUUGUUCAAUCACUGUUUGAUGGAAAUAUUUGAAAGUAUCUCAUCUUGUGGUACCUGUUGUUUUGGGGGUCUUGUUAAUUUAAGAUGUAUUAAAAA